AUGAGGAGGGAUUCGAUGAAGAGGGCUUCAAUCACAUGGUGUCCCAGGUGGAGGCUCCUUAAUGGAAAGGAGAAAGGUGGCUCAAGGCAGGGCGAUGAGACGGCAGUAGCGAGCGGUGUUGGUUUAGGCAGUACCGAAGCCGGUUGGGACCGCUGUGACCCCAAGGAAUUUGGAUCUAGUGAGGUCAGCGAGGAGAGUCAUGCCUAG